AACAUACGCUUGCCAGUCGUGUACAGUUUUGCUAAACGAAUAUACAACUCGUUUUACAGCAUUAGAAGCAUAUAUUGUGGCUAUAUAUUGCAUUCAAGACUAUUUAGCAACUCACUUCGGCUACAUUAACUUUCCAAUAAAAUGUUAAAUGUUUUUAAUGUUGAACUAAGAAAAAUUAAUUCAAAUUUGACACUCACACUCUGAUUGUCGUCCAUUCUGGAAAGAUGCACUCGACUCGUCACUUCCGUUGUCGCAGGGUCCUAGAAGUGCGUCCCCAGAAAUGCGGUCCUGAGAGUGCAGCCUCCGAUAUUGCAGUCAGAUACUACUCCUUAAAAUGCAGCCUUCAAAGCACGCAGCCCCCGAAUUGGUACGCAGCCCAUGUUUGAAACGUGGAUUUUGCUCGCCGGCUGGUGGAUUCGUCCUCAUCGCAGUGCCAGUGAGUUGUUUACGGUGACGAUUUAAUAAAUUAUGCCAGUACACCCGCGUGAUAGAAAAGACAAUAAUCACGAAGAAAUGGAUGUAGAUUAUCCUGAACAGGACGCCAGUAGCUCAGAUGAGGAUGAUUAUGUGAGCUCAUCCGCAUCGCAGGAUGGAGAUACUUCAGAAAUGGAUGAUGAAGACUGUGAAAGAAGGCGAAUGGAGUGUUUAGAUGAGAUGACAAACCUUGAGAAACAGUUCACAGACCUCAAAGAUCAGUUGUAUAAAGAGAGGCUCAGUCAGGUGGAUAUUAAAUUACAAGAAGUGAUAGCUGGCUGUGCUCCAGAAUACCUCGAACCCCUGGCCACCCUGCAGGAGAACAUGCAGAUCCGAACCAAAGUUGCAGGUAUCUAUCGUGAACUCUGUUUGGAGUCUGUCAGAAACAAAUAUGACUGUGAAAUGCAGGCAGCAAGCCAGCAUUGGGAGAGUGAGAAGCUCUUGCUUUUUGACACGGUUCAGAGUGAACUGGAAGAGAAGAUCAGGCGACUUGAGGAGGACAGACACAGUAUAGAUAUAACUUCAGAGUUGUGGAAUGAUGGUCUGCAGUCGAGGAAGAAUAAAAAGAAAGAUCCUCUCAGUCCCGGAAAGAAGAAAAAACCUGUCGUUGUGUCAGGACCAUACAUUGUUUACAUGUUGCAAGACCUGGAUAUACUUGAAGACUGGACUGCCAUAAGAAAGGCUAUAGCAUCUAUGGGUCCCCAUAGAGUAAAAAUGGAUGUUCCUAUGAAAACUGAGAGACAUCAUCACGUGGCCCGUUCAGAGGAUGGACGCCUGUUUUAUGACAACAAGUGGUACAGUCAAGGUCAGGCCAUUAACAUCAUCAGGAAGGACGAAUACCCCACCAGUGCCAUAAUAACCACCAUUAACCAUGAUGAAGUUUGGUUCAAACGUCUGGAUGGCAUCAAAUCAAAGCUUUACAUCUCGCAGCUCCAAAAAGGCAAAUGCACUAUAAAACACUCAUAAACACCCUCCUUCUCUACUAUAACCCCUCUGUUUCCAUGUGUUGUUAACUCUGCCCGUUGUUACAUGGCUCCCACUUAUGCUGGAGGGACUUGGGUCUGCAUGUACCACGUGUUUGCACUCCCUGUGUCAGAGCUACUACAGUAUACAGUAUAUAAUAUAUUAGGGGUGUAACGGUAUGCGUAUUCAUACCGAACCGUCACGAGCUGUCAAUGGGAAAUAUAAAUUGUAAAUUGUUUAUUUGCAAACAGUUACGUUUUAUGCACUGUUUGCCUUGCCGGGGGGGCUGUUUUAGAAUUUUAAAGUUUUACUUAAUUAAUAUUGCAUAUAGGAAUUAAUAGUCUGUUAUAUUUGACCUGUUCUUCUCUCUCCUUUAUCUUAAAUGUGUGCUCUCACUGUGCAUGCGUGCGUCCGUGUGUGUGUGUCUAUGUGUGUUAGUACGUGUGCAUAUUGUGUGUGUGGAGUGUUUUGUAUAGUGCUGGGCGAUAUGCCGGUUCGUACCGAAUACCGGUGUGUAUUUUUGUUUUAUGAUUUUUUUAUAUACCGCAUUACCGGUGUAUGUCGCAUAAACAACGUGUGGAACGCGGCGCAGCGCGACAUUGUUUCAGUGGGGCCCCUUCUCACUGUUGCACUGUGACUGGUCAUUCACACAGAAUCCGUCUUUCUAUGCUGCGGCACUACUUUAUCAUAAUUUUUCUGUAUAAACGGAGGCGUUUGGAUGUUUGCGUGCGUCUCGCGCAUGAGCGGGAACGUUACAUAUUUCUUUGCCGUCGCAAUGGGAGCGCGCACCUCGCGGCUGAACAGCAGCACAAGUGUAGCAAUUGCAAGUUCGCAUUACGUUAAAUAUAGGCCUACUCACAAACAAACAUUUAAAAAAAACGAUCGUGUUCCCCUCAUAUCUGCUCAAUAUAAGCAUAUACUAUAAUGUGUUUUUAGUUUGAACUGUUUCUCUAUAUACUUUGAUGAGAAAUAAGGGUCAGUAAGGAGGAUUGACAGCGUGAUGUGAUCGCUUUCCUCUCACAUAUCUAAUUUAAGCCUUUGUUUUAUGAUUAAAAAAUAUGAUUUCAGGAAAUCAUGAAGCCAUUGUGACUCUGUAAAACACAACAGACAUCACGUGCGUGUUUUAAUGGUACAAUUGUUACUAUUUUGUUUUCAACUAUUAAUUUUUGGGUGGAUGCUCCUAACUCUUGAAGUUGGGAGCACUAGUGCUUCCAAGGAAAAAAGUUAAUUUCGAGCCCUGUUCUCUAUUUAUUUGCUUAAAUAUUAUUUAUGCAAUUUACCUUUGCAUGCUAUUCGGUUGUUAAAGAAGUCUAAACUUUGCAGUUAUUGUAGGGGAUACUGUCACCAUGACAGUAUAAAAGGGCAUUUUAAGUCAAUCAACAGCACUAUUUCCUCUCUCAAUCAGUAGAAAAUGUGGUUAAAAAAUACCGCCAUGUACCGGGAAACCGGUAUAAAUCUGGAAAACACCGUUAUAUACAUUUUUGGUCAUACCGCCCAGCCCUAGUUUUGUAUGUGGAUAUGUCUGUCUUCUGUGUUUUCACCUUUUUCUUGUUUUUACAGAUUUGUAAUUGUUUUGCUUAUAGUCAAUAUGUCUCAUGUACAGCUGCUUUGUAACAAUGAAAAUUGUAAAAAAGCGCUAUAUAAAUAAAGUUGAGUUGAAAUUAUGCCAAUAAAACAGUGACAUCAGCUGACAGACCCAAUGCUUCGUUUUCAUGGGAACAUGCCAGCUGAAGAUAAUGAGGAAAUGACGUCGCUUCCUUUGCCAAGUGCAUUCCAAACGUCUACAUAAUGGCACGUAAAUGCCCUGUUCACUCCAAAGUCUAAACUCCAAGGGCUCUGCCCUUCGAGUGAGUAGGGCAUAGGAAUGAUGACUAUAUUUGCAAUGUUGCCUGUGACGGUUCGGUACGAAUACACGUACCAUUACACCCAUAUAUACAGUAUAUUUGAAUUUACAGUAUGGUGCAUGAAUUUCCGUUCUGAAACUAUUUAGUGUCAUAAAUCCUGUUCAUUGUCUGUGAAGCAAGCACUGUUUUCAGGAACAUGAUCAUUCGCAUAAUGUUAAUUUUCUACUUGUUCACAAAAACGGUGAAUUUUUUGUUCUGUUUGAAUUUACUCUUAAUGGUUGUAUGUUGUUCUGUAUAACAGUGGGAGAUUGUCAUAGUUCAGUAUUUAUGUAUUCCGUAUUUUUUUAUGGAAAGUGAUUUUAACUAUUCUAGCUAAGCCAACACCAUAUACUGUAUGUAGCAUUUUUAUUUCCGAGCCUUUGAGCAAAUGCAUGUGGUUUGUUGGGCAUGUCAUGUGCGUUACGUAUCAGGGAACUUGCGAAUCAUGACCUUAAUGUAAAAAAGAAAACUUUUUUGUAAAAUAUUUGAUUUUUAGACAUGUCAAAACUGUUAUACAUUGCAGUGAAUAUUGUUUGAUGUAUUUUAAUAUGUUUUAUGUUUACAUUCAUUUAACAGUAUUUUAGCACUACAGUUGCCUGUUUUUUAUGUAAAAAAUCUUUCAAAGUGCGCUGUGUCAUUUCUGUGCUACACCUUUGGUUCUGACAGUGUUUGUUUUUGGUUGGUCGGAAUGUAAAAACAUGAAGACACAGUUUACACGUUUAGAGAUAAUAAUUCUACAGAUGGCUAAUUUAUGGUGAAUAUUUAGCUGGGGUAAAAGAAAGUAUUUUGUCUUUUGACUUUUAAUUCAUACUAUAUUCAUACAACAAUACACAUAUCCUGCCAAAUGAACAAUGUCUUCCACAAUUCACAGUCCAAAGGUAAUUGCACAUCCUUAAUGAAAUGUACUGCCUUAAUAUAAAGACAAUAUUAACAAAGUCAAUCUGUGUGGGGUUUUUAAGUAAAUUAUGUCAUCCAGUAGACAUCCUUUUUAGCAGAUGAAUCCUUUUUAUUAACUGAUAGAGACUAAAUAGUGUCUGUACUGUAACAUUUUGUGAGAGGUUGACAAUGAAAACAUUCUGAUAUGAAGUUGAUUUUUGGGAUUCAUUGGGAAUGUAUUAUUCUUGAACCUAAAUGUUUAAUAUAACUAAAGUCUCAUCCAAACUUAACCUCUGCUUGGCUUGACACACAGCAUUUUAAGUGCAGUACCUUACAAUGACCAUGUAGAGGCAGUAGAAACUUACCACAUAACAUUCUACAAUGUAAAACGUUGCUGUAAUUUCGCAGCAGGUUUGCCAGUAACUUACUGUAGAUUUAAUGUACAAUUUUGUUUUAAGCAUAAAUUUACCCAGUUUAUAUAUUUUUCUUUCAUAAAACUAGACUAAAUAUCUUGGGUCACUUUUCUUGUUAUGUAAAUGUAUCAUAAUUUAAUAAGUUUUAAAUAUUUUUACAGAAAACAGGAGAAUAAUGCUUAGGAAGAAUGCCAUUUUUUACUUUGUUGCUGUGCUAA